UUUGGAUCCUAUAUCUGGGGAGCAGCACCACAAGAAGCGAGAUCACGAUUGAAAAUGGGCGUUGUUAAUCCUCCAGCCGAUCCUGCAAGUGUUGUACAAGCGCUCGUAUGCACUCUCCUGGGUGUUUUCGAUUCCACAAGAGACUUGUACCAUACUUUGACGACUAAGGAGCAGAGGGACUAUGAGCAGAACCUGCGAGCCAAAGGGUACCCUGUGUCGAGGAGGGCCGAGUACGUGAAUGAUGAACGACUGGGCAACGAUGAAGCUUUUGCCACGGAUAAAGCGGCAGUCACAAGACAGUUUGAUAUUGGAUACCAGGCACUAGGCGCUGAAUUUGCCAUGGGCGAUGUCACUGUGCAUGCGGCCCUGCAGGCACAGAUCAUUACUCUCCAAAAUGUCCUAGUGACUACGUUCCUCUACGGACCCACAUCGAACGAUCCUGUUGCACAUCAACUGGCCAAUAUGAAUGCGGCAUCGAGAGUAGCUGCUGCAACAGCGAUUGAGAUCUUGGCCACGUACCAAGAGCGUCUACUAGAUGAACGACCACCUACCCCACGGUCGCUCCACUCUUUCACAGCUCGCUCAAGCCCAUCCCAUGCGCCAUCUCAUGCGCCAUCUCAUGCACCAAGCCAUGCACCGUCCCACCAUUCUUCAUAUGCGCCAUCUCAUACGCCAUCCCGCGCCACAUCUGGCGUGCGAUCUCGCGCGCAAUCUCAAUCCCAAGCACCUUCUCGUGCCUUACUACCUCCGCCCAGUGGCGCAGGUAGCUCGACAUCUACAGCACUUAUGAAGUACCAGGAGCCAUCAUCGCGGAAUACCCAAUUGAGAAGUAUUAGCCCGGUCAAUACUACUGUUCUGGAAUGGCGGAGCAAUCUUCAGUCAGAAAAUGCGUACACAGAAAACACCUCAAUGUCGGGGCGAAGCUCUUACGCCACAGAGCCAGCAGCCAACAACUUAUACUGCGCAUAUGCCUACGACCUCCAGCGUAACCCUACGCAACCCCUAUCCAACAACAUCCUGUCCGAACGCGACCCAUACUGUCCGCAUUGCCAAGGUGGACUGCACCUUUCACCCGGCAAAGCAUGGGAGAUAUGCAAAUGGGCCGGUGACACCGAACGUACCUUUCAAGUCCAAAAUCGCUUCGUGGUCAAAUGUCACCGUGACGGGCCUGACGGCCAAUACUGUUGCGUCAUUUGCUCAAAGUACGCAGAGUCAGACACCAUCUGUGGCGAUGUCAAGGCACUAGUCAAACACCUUUCUGAUGACCACGAAGUCCGCGAGCUCAAGCAUGAAGAGGACAUCGUCGAGGUCAUUGAGAAGCCAGAUAACAGGCGGGAUAGUGGUAUUAGUAGGCAUGGCUCUAUGAGGGGUAGUCGUAGUCGUAGGAGUGCUAGUGUGGCGUCUGCGAGGAGACGAAGAAGUUUAGGUGGAGGGUACGAAAGGGAGAUUGACAUUUUUGACAUGAGGUCUAGUAGGCGAUAAAUUGGCAUUGCGGUCUGAUUUUGGAGGUCAAAACAUAGGCUCAAUGGACGGACGGACGGGCGCUGCGAUUGCAUGUUGUUUUGGGUCUAAGAUAUAUACGUAUUUCCCUCAUACCAUUAGCAGUAGAAACAUGUACAAAUACAUCAUCAUUCA